GUUGCUUUUCCUCGAGACUAAGAAAAAAAAAAUUAGUUCCGCUUGACUCAGGGUCCUUCUUGACUUCAAAAACUCAUCACCACGCCUUUCCUUCCCUAUCAUCUCGAGUUCAUAAACUCUUCAUCUCAUAAUACCCCCCAAUUUUCGCUCCUUUUCUUUGCAGACUGCACGCUGCAACUUUUUAGGUUGUGUGUUUUUUUUACAAUCAAUCAGAUCAGCCAACUCGAGACGCGACAUCAUCUCGUCUUCUUCGUUUGCGCUGAACUUUUUCGCCUCUCGUAGUCAUAGCAACCCGAUCAUCACAAACGCGAGCAGCCAUCAUCAUGUCUUACGGCGGUGGUUACAACUCCCGUGGUGGAGGAGGCUAUUCUAACGGCCACAACAAGUAUGGAGGUCAUGGAGGUCACGGCGGUGGUCGCGAGGAGCAUGGUUACGGCAAUGGUUAUGGCGGUGGCGGUGGAGGCUACGGCGGUGGAGGUUAUGGUGGAAGCGGAGGCGGUGACAAAAUGUCCAACCUCGGAGCUGGUCUUCACAAGCAAAACUGGGAUCUUAGUGCCCUCCCCAAGUUUGAGAAGUCUUUCUAUAAGGAGGAUGAAGCUGUUGCUCGACGACCCGCCAGUGAAGUUGAGCGAUUCCGAAGAGAUCACCAAAUAACCAUUUCUGGCCGCGAUGUCCCUAAGCCUGUUGAGACGUUCGACGAGGCUGGCUUCCCUCGAUAUGUGAUGGAUGAAGUCAAGGCACAGGGCUUCCCCGCUCCUACUGCUAUCCAAUCUCAGGGAUGGCCCAUGGCUCUUUCAGGUCGCGACGUCGUCGGUAUUGCCGAGACGGGUUCCGGUAAAACGCUUACUUACUGCCUUCCGGCAAUUGUCCACAUCAACGCCCAGCCUCUAUUGGCACCCGGCGAUGGCCCUAUCGUGCUUGUUCUUGCCCCUACUCGAGAACUGGCCGUACAGAUUCAGCAGGAGAUUACCAAAUUCGGUAAAUCCUCGCGCAUUCGCAACACAUGUGUCUACGGUGGUGUUCCCCGUGGUCCUCAGAUCCGUGACCUUUCCAAGGGUGUCGAGGUCUGCAUUGCCACUCCUGGUCGUCUGAUCGACAUGCUCGAAGGUGGUAAGACCAACCUUCGCCGAGUGACUUAUUUAGUCCUCGACGAGGCUGAUCGUAUGCUGGACAUGGGUUUCGAGCCCCAGAUUCGCAAGAUCAUCAGUCAGAUUCGACCUGACCGUCAGACUCUCAUGUGGUCUGCAACCUGGCCGAAGGAAGUCCGUGCUCUGGCUGCCGAAUUCCAGACCGAUUUCAUUCAGGUUAACAUUGGUUCCAUGGACCUGUCCGCUAACCACCGUAUUACACAAGUCGUCGAGGUUGUAUCCGAGGGCGAGAAGCGCGAUCGCAUGAUUAAGCAUCUCGAGAAGAUUAUGGACAACAAGGAGAACAAAGCUCUUAUUUUCGUAGGUACAAAGCGAGUCGCUGACGAGAUUACGCGAUUCCUCCGCCAAGAUGGCUGGCCGGCCCUUUCUAUUCACGGCGACAAGCAGCAGAACGAACGUGACUGGGUCCUUGACCAAUUCAAGACUGGAAAGAGUCCUAUUAUGGUAGCCACCGAUGUUGCUUCACGUGGUAUUGAUGUGCGCAACAUCACUCAUGUGAUCAACUAUGACUACCCGAACAACUCUGAGGAUUAUAUCCACCGUAUUGGCCGAACUGGCCGUGCGGGCGCCAAGGGCACUGCCAUUACUCUCUUUACUGCUGACAAUUCUAAGCAGGCUCGUGAUCUAGUAUCAGUUCUUCAAGAGGCCAAGCAGCAGAUUGAUCCUAGACUUCAUGAGAUGGCCCGUUACGGCGGUGGCGGUGGUGGAGGCCGCUACGGCGGACGAGGUUACGGUCGUGGCGGUGGCGGUGGUGGUCACCGAGGCGGCGGUGGUGCAGGUGGUGCUAAUGCUCUGCCCAUCAACAACCGACGAUGGUGAUUACCUCCAUCGAGGGUGUUUAGAACGUCGUAAAGUAUUCGCCGGAUUGCAUUUUUUUUCUUUUAUCGCACAUAUGCACAAAUGGCGUUGUGUUUAGAGGUACGGAUGUUUAGACGUCGUUAUGUCGACACUUUGCGAAGGUAUCUGUGCAUGUCGAUGCAGAUUUUGCGCAUUCCGCACAACCUAAUUUGGUCACCCAACGAGCUACAGGAAUUACACCAAGAUGAGAGAGACGUGGAAAGUGCAGAAUUUAUUCUGCCUUGGUCCUGCAAUGAAGCAACUCUGGACUUGAGGCCGUACAACUUGCCAAUUUUUGACUUUCGAGUCGAGAGAAGAGGUAUGUUGCUUACUGACUUGUGCAGAAUUGGACUUGCUUCAAGGCCUAUCCUGGGGUCAUAUGUAUAUGUAGGCUUUCAUCUGCGUUGUUCUCGCUAGGAGACGAUGCGGUUAAGUACGUAGCAUGAAUUCGAGGUCUACUGCUAUAAGAA